AUGACUAUGCGUCUUUUUAUUUGUGUUAUGGUUUUUAUAAGUACUUUAACACAAGCUUACUAUCUUGGUAAUCCUGACUAUUAUGGACGGAACGAUUUAAACAGAUUGAUGAAAGCUGAGGAAUAUCCCAUCGUCAUGCCGGAGAUGUGGCCAGGAUCAGAUAGCAGCAACCGUAAACAGCAGUUGUCAACACUUCAAAAAGAAAAAAAAGCAGCUUUUGCACCUAUAAAAAGAUUCCGGCCCUGCUAUUACUCCCCCAUCCAAUGCCUAAUCAAACGUCGAUGA